AUGUUGUUCGUCGUCAACAAAGGAAGAAGAAGAAGACGACGAAAAAAGGCCAACAGAGGCAGGCAGGACUUCCCUUUGGCUGCCGUCGCGACGAGGGGCUGGAGCAAAGUAAGAUCGGAGAGCGGCGGCAGCUCGCAGUUGGAUAGUAGAGCGAGAAAACCGGAAGGAGGCGGCGGCGAAGACAUUGGUUGGACGAGCCGUGAGCAGUGGAGACAGAUCUGA